AUGUCUCAGGAGGGGCUGCAGUGGGGCUCCCACACCAAGGACCUUGGCCUCAGCCCCAGUAGCUGGGGGCUUUUCUAGAAGGAUGUAGAAGAAGCCAGCUCCAUGUCAGGCUUGAUGCCAUACAUGCAAGGGGUGAACCCUGGGGCCUAUGCAGGGCUGGCACAGGAGAAGGCUCCCCUCAGGGAAAAGGCCCAUCAAGGUGCCAGUCCCCAGGCUGGGGGUGCUCCUGGGGCCAGCCUGGAGGUGGAGGCCCGCUUGAUGGUCCUGGAGCUGUGGGCCAUGGGCCAAAGCCAGGAUUGGGUGCCUGUCCCCGGGCUCCAUGUCCAGCUGCCCGUAGUGCCUGCUCAGGGGAGGGCUUGGGCCUGCAAGAGGCUCCAGGUUUGUCUGCACGACCUCUUAGCUGAAAGCUGGCCUGGGUAUCCUCGCAGCAUGUCUGUGGGUCUCCCGGGGAGAGCUGCGGUUGGCAGGGAGAGGCUGGUGGGCAGAGAGACAAGCCACCCCCCGCCAGGAGAGGCCAGAGGAGGCUGGAGUCCUCCAGGGUGUGAUGAAAGAAGCCCCACCCUCAGCAAAGAGGAGCCCCCCAAGGAGGCCCGCUCGGAGGGUGGGGAGGGGGCUGGCGGCUUCUUGUGGUUUGGUCAGAGCCCUGGUGGGGACGACCCCCAGUGCCUGGGAGGCCCCCCCGCACCAGGUGCUGACCUGGAGUCCCCGGGAGGCCUUUGUGGUCACCUCUCUCCCAAGGGCACCGGCCCUGGGCCCGGAGAUCCGGGUGGAAGUUGUGUGGGAUGUGUGUCAGGGUCUGAGAAGUUUGAACACGAGCCCACUGCGGGGAAUGGGGCCCAGCCAGUGAGCCUACUGCUCGAUGGAGGAGCGCCCCUGAGGCCAGCUGCCCGGGACCCUCCACAGAGCUCUGUGCGGAGCCUGGGAGUGUCUGGAAAGGCCUUCACCGAGGGGCAGGGAGCCGCAGUGGGAGCUGGCUGUGAUCAUGGCCCUGCCUCGCACGACCAGGAGGAGCUAGACGUCCAGGCCGAGCCGGAGCCCAGGGGCAGGCUGGGGCGAGGCAGCACCCCCGCCAACCCCCUCGAGCCUGCAGCCAGCAAAGCUCACUCAGGCCCGUCCAUGGGGCAGAGAAGAUCCAAGGGUGGUAGACGGCUGAGGAGAGGCCCAGUGCCCCGUGCCCAGCACCAGGGCACAGAUAACUGCAGCCAGGACCAGCCAGAGGGAUCCAGCCCGGGAGGCUUCCCCAGACUGGAGGAAAUGAAAAUGCCCCAUGGGGUGAAGCAUGUGUGUUAUCUUGGUUCCGGGGUGCUGAUCCGCCUCCUGGGGGCCAUCAGCUGUGGUCAGGCAGGGGGGCCACAGCACCCCAAGCUGGAGGCUCUGGAGAACAUGAUGGAGGUCAGUGUGGUCUCACCUGUCCCAAGGUCCAGAAGGAAGGAAAGGCCUGUGGCUCAUGGCCCCACUGGAUGCCAGGAGGGGGCUCCUGUCCCCUGUGCCAAAUGGCCGGGGUGAGGCGUCCCAGGGGAGCCUCAAGUGGAGGAGCCCGGGGAACAAGGGGAACAAGACCCGGGAGAGGACUCAGCUCAGCUUCAGCCCCAACAGGAGAAGCUAUCUCCGGAUAUCGGGGUACGGAGCACUGUGGUGCAUGCCAUGCAGGAGGUGCUGUGGAAUCGCCUGCAGGAGCUCCCAGACCUGGCGCUGAGUGAGGAGGCGGUGGAGGGCAUCGCUGCCGGCAUCGAGACAGCCCUCUUCGACCUGACCCAAGCCACCAACUGCCGCUACAAGACCAAGUACCGGAGCCUGCUGUUCAACCUGCGUGACCCCCGCAAUCCGGACCUGUUUCUCAAAGUGGUUCAGGGAGAUGUCACCCCCCACGGCCUGGUGCGGAUGAGCUCAACCCAACUGGCCCCCCAAGAGCUGGCCCGCUGGCGGGACCAGGAGGAGAAAAGGGGCCUGGAGAUCAUUGAGCAACAGCAGAAGGAGCCGUGCAGCCUCCCGGCCUUCAAACUGACCCACAAGGGUGAAGUCGAGAUCGUGCGGGACGUGGACCAGACGCUGACCCUAGAAGAUCUGAUGGGACCCAUGGUGUCCGUAGAUGGUAGCCCACUGGCCCUGCCUGCGACAUCAGAGGACACCACGAAGCAGCGAGAGGACACCACGGAGCAGCACGAGCACCAUUUCUUGGACCCCAGCUGCCACAUCUGCAUGGACUGGAAGCCCUCGUGUGAGCUGCCAGGCUCCUCCAAAGCCACUAGGAGGACAGGGGACAGUGUCCUCCAGAGAGCCCCGAGCCCAACCCUCGUGUCCUUGCCAGCGAUGCCCCAAACCAGGGAGAAGCCUCCCACGCAGCUCCAGGACAGGCCCCAGAUGCCUGCUGGGCCCACAAAGGCUCUGCCCAGCCCCCCGCCCUGGGAGGGAGCACUGGACAUGUUCUCCAUCAAGCGGUUCAGGGCCAAGGCCCAGCUGGUUUCUGGAAACAGCCGUCGGCUCCUUACGGCCCUGCCCGAGGUGAUCCGUUCGGCAGGCUGCAUCCCCUCCAAUACUGUCUGGGAGCUUUUGGCCAGCAUCUGCCCAGCGGAGGCCAAGGACAUCUGCGUGGUCAGGCUGUGCCCGCACGGGGCCCGGGACACCCAGAACUGCCGCCUGCUCUACUCCUACCUCAACAAUAAGCAGCGCCACGGCCUGGCGGCCGUGCAACACGUGGGCGUGGUCUUGCUGCCCCUGCCCGCCUUCCAGCCCCUGCCCACCAGACUGCGCCCUCUGGGAGGCCCCGGCCUGGAAGCCACUCACUCAAGCCUGGUGCUGGCUGUGCUGCUCCCCAAGGCAGGGCUCCCAGAUACAGCAGAGUCCAGACCUCUGUGGGGGAAGGUUCAGAAGAUGGUCUCCUUCAACAGAAAAGUGGAGAUGAGAUGCUACCAGCCAGAGCGCAGGAGUCCCGACGCGGCCCCGAAGGAGUCCCCUCCCCCACGGGGCACGCUGCAGCAGAGCCAGGGCAAGAGCAGCCUGGCUCCAAGGGGAAUCUGUGCUUGGCGGAGGCCACCCAGAGGCAGGGGGAGACUGCGGGGGGAGCCUGAGACCUGGCAGAGUGCAGGGCGCGGGCAGUGGGCCCCCAAGCCAGGCCAGUGCCAAUCCGGGCAUCCCUAUUCAGCAGUACCAUCUGGCCACGGCUGGCACCUCCAUAGGGCCUCCUGUCCCCACCAGGCCCUGCUCCAGCAUCUUGAAUCCCUGGUGUCCAUGAGCCACCAGCUCCAAGCCUCACUGAGGUCCCCAGGCCAGGAGACGCUUCCCUCAGCUCCUGCCCCGUCUCCUGCUGCCCCGGGAAUUCUUGGCCUACUGUGUCGGCUGCCUACAGCCAUAGAGACCCCUAGCCCAGCUCCUGACUCUUCGGGUACCCCAGAUGGAGCUGGCUCUGAGUGUUCCUUCCCCGGAGAGACCUGACCCCCGUUACCCACCGGAAGAGAGCCUUUGAUUCCUUCCCCAGGGCUGAAUCCUGAGCUGUUCCCGGGAGAGAGGGGCAGAGGAAGGGGAGGGUGGGCUAUUUUGAGUUUCCUCUUCUGCAGUCUGCUUGGUGUUGGUUUUUGGUUCAAUAAAGAGUUUGGCAAAGGUGA